AUGCAGCUCUUAAGGACCGGCGCUUUUGUGCGAGCGGCUCGAUUUGCGAGAACCUCCCUCCCUAUUCACAGAGCUGCGACGCCUGCGAUUUUCGUCCCGUCGAGAUGGUCCAGUUCUCAGGCAGCUGCAGAGCAACAACAUCCUUUCCCUGAACAGUCUGUUAAGGGCUCGAGAGAGGUCGACCCUUCGAAGACAGCCACGGUUGAGUCUAAGAGUGAUGGAGGGCGAUUGAACAUCAAGCAAAAGCCGCAAGAGUCGGAUCAGGACAAUACCAUCAUUCAGGGAUAUCAGUCUGGUGCUAAAAUCCUGGGAAUUCCCUAUAUCUUCGACAAGACAAGCAAUGUUUCGAAUUCCAUCCUCAACCUCGUUGGUCGCAAUCUCUACGACGAACCUGACCACCCGCUUUGUAUCACUCGCAAGCUUAUCGAAUCGUGUUUUCCAAGCCCCGAAUUCCACCAUUUCACCGUUAAAAGUCCUGUGGUGACGAUCCACGAGAAUUUUGAUGUUUUGGGAUUUCCAGCAGAUCACCCGGGCCGCUCGCGGACGGACACUUACUACAUUAACUCCAACCACCUUCUACGCACUCAUACAUCGGCGCAUCAGCACACGGCGUUCCAGUCACUGGCCAACGAAAAUACCACAACCGGCUACACGAUCUGUGCCGACGUGUAUCGACGCGACAGCAUCGACAAAAGUCAUUUCCCGGUCUUCCACCAGAUGGAAGGCGCAAAGAUUUGGCCCCUCCCGAAUGAUCUCCCAAGAUUCGAAGCUCAAAAGGUCCGAGCAAGCAGGAUCUGUCAGGAUAUGGUACCACUGCCUGCUCAUCAGCUCAGAGUAUACGACGAAGCGAAAGAUUUUGUGGGCGAACGGAAUCCCAUACAACUCGAGCAUGACUUAACCGAAGUAAAUCAUGUGGCGAGGCACCUAAAGCAGAGCUUGGAAAUUCUCGUCGAUGAGAUUUUCCGUGCUUCUCAACAAUCUUUGGCUUUGGGAACCAAGAUGGGUGGACCGGGAGAGGUUCGAUGGGUGGAGGCUUAUUUUCCCUUUACAAGCCCGAGUUUUGAACUCGAAGUCCUCUGGAAAGGGGAAUGGCUCGAAGUUCUCGGCUGCGGCAUCGUCCAGCAACCGAUUCUCAACAAGGCCGGGUUGAAAAACAGCAUUGGCUGGGCGUGGGGCCUCGGAGUCGAAAGAUUCGCCAUGCUCCUCUUCGAUAUUCCCGACAUUCGUCUCUUCUGGUCCAGAGACCCGCGCUUUUUGAAACAAUUCUGUCGAGGCAAAAUCACCAAAUUUGAACCUUUCAGUAAAUAUCCGGCUUGCUACAAGGAUAUGGCUUUUUGGAUCAACCCAGCCCCCGCAGCAGCUUCGCCGGUUUGGACUGAGUCGUCAUCUGGCGCAGCCGCAGCUGCGGGAGGGGACUCCAGAAAGGCGUCGCCGACCGAGGCACAGACUGCGGCAUUCCAUGAAAAUGAUAUAAUGGAGGUGGUUCGGGAUGUUGCUGGAAGCUUGGCAGAGGAUGUAAAAUUGGUCGAUGAAUUCGUACAUCCCACCUCCGGUCGAAAGAGCUUGUGCUACCGAAUCAACUAUAGAAGUCUAGAGCGAACUUUGACGAACGAAGAAGUCAACAAGAUGCAUGAAGAGGUUGCUGCUAGGAUGGUGUCGCAGUUCGGUGUCGAGAUGAGGUGA